AUCUAAUUUUGAUAGACUUUGAACUAAAAUGUAAAUAUUUAAGUAAGCAUACAAUAAAUAGUUGCAAUCCAACAAUAUUUGUUCAUGGUUUGACUUGUUAAAUGGUGAGGAUAAGUUUACUUAUAAUAAGAGAUGUAUAUUUGAGCUCUUAAACCUAUGAU